GUGGGCACCGAGUCACCAGGCACGACAGCGGGCUCUGAGUCAAUUGGCACGACAGCGGGCACCAGAUCAUCAGGUACCGGAUCGUCUGGCUCGACAGCAGGCACCGGGCCAUCUGGCGCUGGAUCGUCUGGCUCGACAGCGGGCAUCGGGUCACCAGGCAUGACAGCGGGCACUGGGUCAUCAGGCAUUGGAUCGUCUGGCUCGACAGCGGGCAUCGGGUCACCAGGUAUGACAGCGGGCACUGGGUCACCAGGCAUCAGGUCAUUUGGCUCGCCAGCGGGCACCGCGUCAUCUGGCAAGGCAGUGGGCACCGAGUCACCAGGCACGACAGCGGGCUCUGAGUCAAUUGGCACGACAGCGGGCACCGGGUCAUCAGGUACCGGAUCGUCUGGAUCAACAGCGGGCAUCGAGUCAACUGGCCUAAUAGGAUCAUCAGGCUGGAUCAGCUGGGCAGAGGCAUCGGGCUGGGCAGAGGCAUCGGGCUGGGUAGAGGGAUCGGGUUGGGUAGAGGGAUCGGGCUGAGUAGAGGCAUCAGGCUGGGUAGAGGCACCAGGCCGGGUAGAGGCAUCAGGCUGGGUAGACCUCAGGCUGAAGUGCGGGUGCCGAGGCACC